GCGGCUCGGCGAACCCCUCGGUGGCGGCAGCGGCUCCUGCGCCUUUACGCACGGCUCGUCUUAGCCGGAAAGAUCUCGACGGGAAGAAGAGGAGACGCCGGGCGGCAGGCAAGAGUCGCUCCAUGAUCCUCCGGGACUCCCGCAGUGCCCAUCUCUGCAAUGUGUGAGAUGAGGCUGACCUCCCCGGAGCUGUCCAGUCUCUCACCGUACUGCGGGGAGACCCCUGAUGCUUACUGCCAAGAUGACCGCUGGCAGAGGCUGCGCACAGCUGUCAGGAAACUGGAAUUCUGGGAAAACUUUGAUGUCGAAUUGAUAGGCAGCGGCUUUUUUUCUAAGGUGUACAAGGUCACCCAGAGUGCUGGUGGCAAGGUGAUGGUGGUGAAGAUCUACAAGAAUGAUGUGGACCAGGAGGUGAUUGUGCGUGAGAUCAGCUUGCUGCAGAAGCUCUCCCAUCCUAACAUUGUCAGGUAUCUUGGGAUCUGUGUGAAAGAUGAUAAGCUGUAUCCAAUUCUGGAGUAUGUGAAUGGAGGAGUCCUGGAAGAGCUUUUGGCUUGCAAGGAUGUCUCUCUCAGCUGGAAAGAGAAAGUAGACCUGGCUUCAGAUAUCACGCGAGGGAUGGUUUACUUACAUUCCAAGAACAUAUACCACAGAGACCUCAACUCCAAGAACUGCCUCAUCCGUGUAACCCAAAGGGGUCGAGAGGCCUUGGUGGCGGAUUUUGGCCUAGCCAAAGAAGUGGUGGAGCUUUCUGCCAAGGACCCCGAAAGGAAGCUUUCUCUUGUGGGUUCAGCUUUCUGGAUGGCUCCUGAGAUGUUGCGUGGGGAGCCUUAUGACAGGAAGGUGGAUGUCUUCUCCUUUGGUAUUGUCCUGUGCGAGAUACUGGGCAGGAUCCCUGCAGAUCCAGAGGUGCUGCCUCGGACCCAGGAUUAUGGCCUGGAUGUAACUGCCUUCCAAGAAAUGAUUGGUGGAUGCCCCAAGCAAGUUUUGGACUUGGCCGCCAGUUGUUGCAGAAUGGAAGCCUUCAAACGGCCUUCAUUCACUGAGCUCCUGGAGGAACUGGAAGAUGCUGCAGAGAGGUUGGAAUCCGUGAUGGACCAUCAGUCCCCAGGGUGAAGCUUCUUCCUGGAACCUGGACUGUAAAUUACAUGUAAAUCUGAAAAAAAACAAGGGGCUGUGAUGAGGGGGGAAUAUCCUCCAUACCAAACAUGUAAAGGGUGCCUUGCCCUGCUCCCCCCUCCCUCAGGCAGAUCUACGGUUUGCACAGCAGAAGAGGAAGCAUCUGCACCCCACCACUGUGCCCACAGCUUGACCAGCUUCCCCCAUUGUGCUAUGUCUUAGAAGCCCAAAGGUCGUCCAGUCCUGGCCCCUGCAGAUCAAGCCCAGACCACCAUGUUUGCCACAAGCAGAGAGUAAGUGAAUCCCGGACAAACAUUUCUUUCACCCAGUGUUUAACAGUUGACAGUCCAUGCCAUAGAGGGGAAUAGCUGCCUCUAAAAAUGGAUUAGGCCAAUCCGUGGAAGAGGAGAGCUCUGUCAUUGGAUGUUAGCCUCCAUAUUCAGAGGAACUACAUCUCUGAAUACUAGAUGCUGAAAACAAAAAGCAGAAGGGAAAUGCCACCUUCACACCUGCUUAUGAGACUCCCAGAGGCUUCUGAUGGGCGACUGCUGGAAAUACGGUGCUGUGUUAGAACAGUAUUUUGGUCCAACCUAGGAGGGUAAUUUCUAUGUUUAUACCUAAGCCUUGGGACCCAAACCCUAUGGAGUUCCUCUUUUGUUUCUUUGGCUUUUCUAUAGCUGAAUGAAAGAUGGGUGACUAUCACCAAAACCAGCAGCUGUAUGUCUUCUUCUUCUUCCUGUGAACAAAGGAAACAUGUGACAUAGCAUCACCAGACUGCAACUUACUCCACUUCCCAGUUCCCUUGUUGGCAGGGUUAGGAACCAUGCAUGUAUUAUGAGGUGCUACCAGAGGGAAAGCACGUUUGCUGCUGUUUUUUGUUGGUAGCCAUGCAUUCCUUAUGAAUCUAAUUGUGCCAUAAGCUCUCCCCGGAUCUGAAUGUCCAUCUUUCUCUUCCUUCACUCCCUUCUGCUUCUUAAAAGAAGCAUGUAGGGCAGUGAUCCCCAACAUAGCACUCCUGGGCUUCAAGGCAUCUACCACUGGGUUUCUUGGCACCCAUUUGCUUCUUUCACAAGCAUUCCUUUCCCAAAGCAAAGAGCCAGCUCUGGUUUUCUUCCACUUCACUGGGUAGGAGGUACUUCAGAAAUACCUGGCAGGCAUCUGCUCAUGACUGCGGAAAGCUCCCAUUAAGAAACAGCAGCCUCUGUCGUAGGAUCACGCCUGGCUUGGAACCUCCCCAUGUUGGGUGACUGGCCACAGUGCCCCAUGACAGCUAUUUCAUAAUGCCUUCAAGGGCAGCCAUAUUGUGGCAGCACACAGUCCCCACCUCAAAAUUCCAAAUAUAUCCACAGAUUUGAGAAGGUUGGUGAUCUAAGUGUAGGGCAAAUCAUUCCUAUUUCCUGCUGCAUCCAUUAGUGCUGAACCCCACCCCCCCAAUACACAUGGAUACCUCUCUAGGUAGCUGCUGAAGUUCACAUAAGUCUCAAAACUACUCUUUAGAGAGAACAAGAAGAUUGAACAAGGGGCGAAGCUGCGCAACCCUAAUAACAUCCCCUUGGGCUUCAGGCAUUACCUUGUUCAGCUUAACAAGAUAAAGGUUUAAAUAAAAGUGGGAGGGGGUCUAGGUUUUGGGAAUGUCUGUGUUUGUACAAGUAUUGACUUCCAUUAUCUCUCAAGAUCCGUCCACAGAGCUGCGCCCCUCCUUGGCAGAAAUAGCCAUGACCUGCAGUGGUUUCCACCUCCACCCCCAAAGACUUGAACCUACUCAGGUCUCUCUCUGUAAAAAUCAAUAAAUGGUUGGUUAACUUUU